AUGGCAGAUUCCAACACAAGCGACUUCACCAACUCCUCCACCUUCAUCCUGCUGGGCAUUCCUGGCCUGGAGGUAGCGCAUACCUGGCUCUCCAUUCCCUUCUGUGCCAUGUACAUCAUAGCCAUCUUGGGGAACUCCACCAUAUUGUUCAUUGUGAAGAGGGAGAGGAGCCUCCAUGUGCCCAUGUACUAUUUCCUCUGCAUGCUGGCCGUCACCGACCUGGUCCUGUCCACGUCCAUCCUGCCUAAAACACUGAGCAUCUUGUGGUUCAAUUCCAGGGAGAUCAAUUUCAGUGCCUGCCUCACCCAGAUGUACUUCAUUCACUGCUUCACAGGGAUGGAGUCUGGGAUCUUCGUGGCCAUGGCUUUAGAUCGUUACGUGGCCAUCUGUGAUCCCCUGAGACAUUCCACCAUCCUGACAAACCCCGUGGUGGCCAAGAUUGGCCUGGCUGUGGUGCUGCGCAGUGCCAUGCUCGUACUGCCCUAUCCCAUCAUAGUGAGAAGGUGGCCAUAUUGUACAACUAACAUUAUCCCCCACUCGUACUGUGAGUACAUGGCCAUGGUGAAGCUGGCCUGUGCCGACAUCCGCAUUAGUAGUUACUACAGCCUCUCUGUGGUAUUGUCUGUUAUUGGACUGGAUGUGUUUUUUAUCACAGUGUCUUACACCCAGAUCCUCAGGGCCAUCUUCAGCCUCCCCACAAAGGACGCCCGGCUCAAGGCUUUUGGGACCUGCGGCUCCCACCUCUUUGUCAUCUUAGCCUUUUAUAUACCAGGUCUCUUCUCCUUUCUCACACACCAGUUUGGCCACAAUGUGCCCCUGCAUUUCCAUAUUCUCAGUGCCAACAUGUACCUCCUGGUGCCCCCCAUGCUAAAUCCGAUCAUCUAUGGGGUAAGGACCAAAGAGAUUCGGGGCAGGCUGCUCCAUCUUUUUACCCAUAAAGGAACCUAA